CCAGCCCAACGACGCACGGACGCGCAGCAACACACUCCAGUCUCACGGCAAAAACGUCACACUUCUUCACCUUCAAUUAAUUUUUCCAAGAAGAAGAAGAAGGAGAAGGAGAAGGAGAAGAAAAAAAAUCCAGAAACAUAAAAGCAACAGCUGGAGCCGCAAGAGAGAGACAGAGAGGGAGGACUUUUAUUUUAUUUUAGACGGCGCGUGUGUUCUCGUUAAUUACCUAAUCAUCACACCUGAGGAGGAUGAGAAGAAAUCCGCUGGUUUAGUUCGCUGGGGGUGAAGGCCAGGAGUGUGUUUUUCGAAAUUUCAAAGGGGGGAAUUAAAGGAACAUGAAGCCGCUUCUCCCGGAGGACUUAAGCGCCUGAAGUUUAUUUUUUUUUGUUGGAAGAUGCCGGAAGAAGACACCGAGCAGACGGAGUGAAACAGCCCGGUGCGCACCACCCUCUCCCCGGCGGGACCGAAGCGCGACAGUCCGCCUCUUCUGCCGCUGCUGGAGGGGACACUUCUGCGGCUCCUCCCGCAUCUUUAUCGCUCUGUUUGGAUGUAAAAAAAAAAAAAAAAAACGAACAACAACAACAACCACCCCAUCUUCACCUUCUUUCUUCGAGAGAUUUUUGAUUCCCAAACACUUUUUGUUCGUUUCCCCACCUCCCCUUUGGCGCUGUGCGGAGUUUCUGUGCUCAUGGAUCGGCCACUUUGCGCCUUCUCUCCGGAUGCGAUUUGGCAGCUGUGAGCGGGGCGCGCCGGAGCCGUGAUGGUGGGGAUGGUGACGGUGUGAGAGACGCAGGAGUUUCACAUCUGGUUUAUUGGGCCAGUCUGCAGCAGGAUCAGGAUGAGAAGAUGGCUGCCUGUGUGUUUCCAAUGGGACCAGAGAGCUUUCAGCGCUUCACGCCGGACUCCCUGGCUGCCAUCGAGCAGCGCAUCGCCCAGGAGAGGGCCCGACGCAACAAACACUACCAGGAGGACCUGGGCGACGUGGUGCCCCCCCGGGCCCGGCCCGACCUGGAGGCGGGGAAACCGCUGCCGCGCAUCUUCGCCGAAAUCCCGUCUCAUCUGGUGGGCGUUCCCCUGGAGGACAUCGACCAGUACUACUUCAAAGACAAGAGGACCUUCAUAGUCCUGAACAAAGGGAAGGCCAUCUUCCGUUUCAGUGCCACAUCCGCCCUCUACAUCUUCAGCCCGUUCCACCCCAUCCGAAGAAUCGCCAUCAAGAUCCUGGUCCACUCGUUAUUCAGUCUGUUCAUCAUGUGCACCAUCCUGACCAACUGUUGCUUCAUGGCCAUGUCGGAGCCAGCGUACUGGGCCAAAUACCUCGAGUACACCUUCACAGGUAUCUAUACGUUUGAGUCGCUCAUAAAGAUCUUGGCGAGAGGUUUCUGUGUGGGACCCUUCACCUUCCUGAGGGACCCGUGGAACUGGCUCGACUUCAGUGUCAUCGUCAUGGCAUAUGUCACUGAGUUUGUGGACCUGGGUAAUGUGUCAGCCUUAAGGACGUUCAGGGUGCUGCGAGCGCUCAAAACCAUCUCUGUCAUCCCAGGCCUGAAGACCAUUGUUGGCGCCCUGAUCCAGUCCGUGAAGAAGCUCGCCGACGUGAUGAUCCUCACCGUCUUCUGCCUGAGCGUCUUCGCCCUCAUCGGCCUGCAGCUCUUCAUGGGGAACUUGCGGCAGAAGUGCGUGCGCAGCACGGAGCACUGCAUCAACGGCAGCCUGCCGGCCAACACCUCCUUCUACUGCAACAACAAGACCUGGGCCUCCGUCCAGGACUUCAUCAACGACGAGGAUAACUUCUACAAAGUAGAUGGAGCCAAGGAUGCCUUAAUCUGUGGCAACAGCAGCGACGCAGGAUCGUGCCCUGAUGGGUUUGAAUGUCUGAAGGCCGGGAGGAACCCUAACUACGGCUACACCAGCUUCGACAGCUUUGGGUGGGCCUUCCUGUCCCUGUUCCGCCUGAUGACCCAAGACUACUGGGAAAACCUCUACCACCAGACGCUGCGUUCGGCCGGUAAGACCUACAUGGUGUUCUUCGUGGUGGUGAUCUUCCUGGGCUCCUUCUACCUGGUCAACCUCAUCCUGGCCGUGGUGGCCAUGGCGUACGAGGAGCAGAACCAGGCCACCAUCGCCGAGGCCUGCCAGAAAGAGCGGGAGUUCCAGGUGGCCAUGGAGCGGCUGAAGAAGGAGCAGCAGGUUGCCGUUCAGAAACUUCCCGACUCGGACUCGAUGAUGUCACCAGAGCUCUCCCCCUUCGGCCUGCCAUUGGACGGCAUGGAGGAGCGCAGGCGGAGCCAGGCGCUGGUGGGCGUGACCGACGUGGAGGCCAACCUAUCGGAGGAGAAGCUGCUGCAGGUGGACAUGACGGACGGGGCAAAGCCGCUGCACCCUCUCCUCGCUCGCUCCUUCUCCACGAGGACUCGGCGAAGCAGCCAGGUCUCCUCCAUCUUCAACUUCCGCCUGCGGAGCCGCGGCUCGGAGGGCGAGAUGGCCGACGACGAGUACAGCGUGCCGGGGGACGUGGUGGAGGGCGCGGGCGGCCGCACCUACAGCGGCGGGACCUUCAGCGGCGUCCUGCCCCACCCGUGGCCCAAACGGAGGCCCAGCACCUACAGCACGGCCAGCAGGAGCUCCCAGGUAUUUUAUCCAACCCUAAACGUCAACGGGAAGCUGUUUGUUACCAUGGACCAGAACGGGGUUUCCCCACCAUCGCUGCAGGGGCAGCUGCCCGCCUGCACCAUGGAGAAGGUCAAAGAGGAGAGUGUCCCCACGUCCUCCACGGAGCUCAGUACGAUGCUGUUACCUCGUCCGUCGUCCACGCAAGACUCGGAGCGGAGAGGGAGGGCGCUCAGCGCCGCCAGCUACCUCACUGACGCCAUGGAAGAGCUGGAGGAGGCCCAUAAGAAGUGCCACCCGUGCUGGUACGUGUUCGCCCACCGGUACCUGGUGUGGGAGUGCUCCCCCUGCUGGCUGAGGGUAAAGCAGCUGGUGAAGAUCAUGGUGAUGGACCCCUUCCUGGACCUGGCCAUCACUGUUUGUAUCGUCCUCAACACGCUCUUCAUGGCCAUGGAGCACUACCCCAUGACGGACGAGUUCAACGGCAUGCUGAGCAUUGGAAACCUGCUUCGUGUGUUCAAGCUGGCCCGCUCGUGGCCGACCCUCAACACCCUGAUCAAGAUCAUCGGGAACUCCAUGGGCGCUCUGGGAAACCUGACGCUCGUCCUCGCCAUCAUCGUCUUCAUCUUCGCCGUGGUCGGCAUGCAGCUGUUUGGUAAAAACUACCAGGACUGUGUGUGUAAGAUCUCGAAGGACUGCACUCUCCCUCGCUGGCACAUGAAGGACUUCUUCCACUCGUUCCUCAUCGUGUUUCGAGUGCUGUGCGGCGAGUGGAUCGAGACCAUGUGGGACUGCAUGGAGGUGGCGGGUCAGCCGCUCUGCAUCCUGGUCUUCAUGCUGGUCAUGGUCAUCGGGAACCUGGUGCUGCUGAACCUCUUCCUGGCUCUGCUGCUCAGCAGCUUCAGCUCGGACAACCUGUCGGCCCCGGACGACGACGGCGAGAUGAAUAACCUGCACAUCGCCAUCCACAGGAUCACCAGAGGCCUGGCCUGGUGCCGCAGACAGGUGGUGGAUUUCUUCAACGGGAACCUGAAGCGCCGCCGCCAGAAGAGGAAGGAGGCCAAAGCCAUGAUGAAGCUCAAACGCCUGAGUACCAUCCACACCGAGGCCAACGGAGCCGUCAUAGGCCGUCACGUAGAGAAGUACGUGGUGCCGGAGGACGACAGCUACAUGACCAACCCCAACCUGACCAUCAGUGUCCCCAUCGCCCCCGGAGAGUCUGACGUGGAGUUCCCAGAGGAAGAGGAGGAAGAGGAGGAGGAGGAGGAAGAAGAAGAGGAGGAGGAGGAGGAGGAGGAGGAAGAGAGGGAGGAGCUAGAGGAGCAGAAAGACGAUAUCAGCCUAUCAGAGGGCAGCACGGUGGACCUGAGGAAGCCUGGAGAUGAAGAAGAUCAGUACUCAGAGAUGGCUGAAGAGGCCAUGGACCCCGACUCCUGCUUCCCGGACAUGUGCGUGGCGAGGUUUCACUGCUGUGACAUCGACACGACAGCAGGUCUGGGUCAGACCUGGUGGCGCCUGAGGAAGACCUGUUACCAGAUCGUAGAGCACAGCUGGUUCGAGACCUUCAUCAUCUUCAUGAUCCUCCUCAGCUCCGGAGCGCUGGCCUUCGAGGACAUCUACAUCGAGCAGAGGAAGGUGAUCAAGGUUGUGCUCGAGUACUCGGACAAGAUCUUCACCUACAUCUUCAUCCUGGAGAUGUUGCUCAAAUGGCUCGCCUACGGCUUCAAGAAGUACUUCACCAACUACUGGUGCUGGCUCGACUUCCUCAUCGUCGACGUCUCGUUGGUCAGCUUGGUGGCCAACACGUUGGGUUAUUCCGACUUUGCAGCGAUCAAAUCCCUGCGGACCCUGCGAGCCCUACGGCCCCUCAGAGCCCUCUCCAGAUUUGAAGGCAUGAGGGUGGUGGUGAAUGCCCUGAUCGGGGCCAUCCCCUCCAUCAUGAACGUGCUGCUGGUCUGUCUCAUCUUCUGGCUCAUCUUCAGCAUCAUGGGCGUCAACCUGUUCGCCGGAAAGUUCGGCCGCUGCGUCAACCGCACGGGCCACAUCUUCGACUCGUCCUUCAUCAACAACAAGUCGGAGUGCGAGGCGCUCAACGACACCUCGCUCUACUACUGGACCAAAGUCAAAGUCAACUUCGACAACGUGGGUGCCGGUUACCUGGCGCUGCUGCAAGUGGCAACCUUCAAAGGCUGGAUGGACAUCAUGUAUGCAGCGGUGGACUCACGAGCCGUGGAGGAGCAGCCUAUCAAGGAGAUCAAUCUCUACAUGUACCUGUACUUCGUCAUCUUCAUCAUCUUCGGCUCCUUCUUCACCCUCAACCUCUUCAUCGGUGUCAUCAUCGAUAACUUCAACCAGCAGAAGCGAAAGUUAGGAGGACAGGAUAUCUUCAUGACGGAGGAGCAGAAGAAAUACUACAACGCCAUGAAGAAACUCGGCUCCAAGAAACCUCAGAAGCCCAUCCCCAGACCUACGAACUCUCUGCAGGGCUUCUUCUUCGACUUGGUGGCGAAGCAGGCGUUCGACAUCAUCAUCAUGGUGCUGAUCCUGCUGAACAUGAUCACCAUGAUGGUGGAGACGGACGAGCAGUCGCCCCAGAUGGAGUACAUCCUGAACAACAUCAACCUGGCCUUCAUCAUCAUCUUCUCCUUCGAGUGCCUGGUCAAGAUCGUGGCGCUGCGCUGCUACUUCUUCACCGUCGGCUGGAACAUCUUCGACUUCGUGGUCGUCAUUCUCUCCAUCGUCGGUAUCGUGCUUGCUGACAUUAUUGAGAAGUACUUUGUGUCGCCGACGCUGUUCCGUGUGAUUCGACUGGCCCGUAUCGGACGCGUUCUGCGUCUCAUCAGAGGCGCCAAGGGCAUCCGGACAUUACUGUUCGCCCUCAUGAUGUCCCUCCCGGCUCUCUUCAACAUCGGGCUGCUCCUCUUCCUCGUCAUGUUCAUCUACGCCAUCUUCGGCAUGGCCAACUUCGCCUACGUCAAGCGGCAGUCGGGCAUCGACGACAUGUUCAACUUCGAGACAUUCGGGAACAGCAUGAUCUGCUUGUUCCAGAUCACCACGUCGGCCGGCUGGGACAGCCUGCUCAGCCCGAUCCUGAACAACUCCCCCGAGGAGUGCAACGCCAACAUCCCCCACACCGGCACAACCGUGCGCGGUAACUGCGGGAACCCGUCGGUGGGCAUCACCUUCUUCGUCACCUACAUCAUCAUCUCCUUCCUCAUCGUGGUGAACAUGUACAUCGCGAUCAUCCUGGAGAACUUCAGCGUGGCCACGGAGGAGAGCACCGAGCCUCUGAGCGAGGACGACUUCGAGAUGUUCUACGAGGUGUGGGAGAAGUUCGACCCCGAGGCCACGCAGUUCAUCGAGUACGCCAAGCUGUCGGAUUUCGCCGAUUCGCUGUCGGAGCCGCUGCGCAUCAGCAAGCCCAAUAAGAUCAAGCUGAUCUCCAUGGACCUGCCCAUGGUCAGCGGGGACAAGAUCCACUGCCUGGACAUCCUGUUCGCCUUCACCAAGCGCGUGCUGGGCGAGUCGGGCGAGAUGGACGCGCUCAAGCAGCAGAUGGAGGAGAAGUUCAUGAUGGCCAACCCGUCCAAGAUCUCCUACGAGCCGAUCACGACGACUCUGAGGCGGAAACAGGAGGACGUCUCCGCCGCGGUGAUCCAGCGAUGCUACCGCAGACACCUGGUGAGGCGGCAGCUGAAGGCCGCCUCCUACUUGUACCGCCAGAUCACCACGCCGCGGCACGCCGGACAGGAAGACGACAGAGACGGAGGCGAGGACAUGUUCGGGGAGGACGCGCCGGAGAAGGAGGGGCUCAUCGCGGCCAUGAUGAGGGAAAACUACGGCUCCAGUUUGUUGGUGAUCGAGCGAUCGGAGACGAUUUCGUCCACCUCGUCGCCGCCUUCGUACGACAGCGUGACGCGAGCCACGUCGGAGAUCUUUCACCCGCUCGCCAACGCCGGCGCCGCCAAGACGGAAACGAUAGCUGGAGACACGGCAGGCAGCGAAGCCAGCGCCAGCGAACAAUCCCCGGUGUUGGUCGGCAGCCCUGACGCACGGCAGGAAAGCGCACCGUAGCGCUAGGGUUGGGCAUCGAAAUUACGAUUCCAUCGAG